ACAACCUACCUAGAAUGUAAAAGUGACAUUUAAGUAUUCAUUAUUUGUUCCUUCUGGACAGCUAUGUUCUUUUGGAACGUAGAUCAGCAUUGAAAUUACAUGUUGAGCAGAGCCAUCGAAGAUGACUACAGCUGCAAGACCAACAUUUGAGCCGGCGAGAGGCGGGAGGGGUAAAGGAGAAGGAGGAGGUGAUUUGAGUGCCCUGUCCAAGCAGUAUUCCAGUCGAGAUCUUCCAGGUCACACCAAGAUCAAGUACAGGCAACCCACCCAGGAUGCCCCUGAGGAGGUGCGUGCCCGUGACUUCCGCAGGGAGCUGGAGGAGAGGGAGCGCGUGGCGGCACGUGAAAAGACCAGAGAGAGAGGACCAAGAGAGCACACCACAUCUUCAUCAUCUUCAUCAUCAUCUUCAAAGAGGCCCAGACUGGAUCAGAUCCCAGCAGCCAACCUGGAUGCUGAUGACCCUCUCACUGAUGAUGAUGAGGACGAGGACUCUGAGGAGGACAGUGAUGACGAUGACACUGCAGCUCUUCUGGCAGAACUGGAGAAGAUCAAGAAGGAGCGGGCUGAAGAGCAAGAACGCAAAGAGAGGGAGCAAAAGGCAGAAGAGGAGAGGAUUCGCAUGGAGAAUAUCCUGAGUGGCAAUCCAUUGAUUAAUUUGGCAGGUCAACAGCAACAACAACAACAGAUGAACCAGACUCAGAAUACAUUCAGGGUGAAGAGAAGGUGGGACGACGAUGUUGUGUUCAAGAAUUGCGCCAAAGGAGUGGAUGAAGCACGGAAGGAGAAACGCUUUGUCAAUGACACGCUGCGCUCUGAGUUCCACAAGAAAUUUAUGGAGAAAUAUGUGAAGUAAAGGACUCAGUGUGUCUUCGUUUUAUUGUUUUGUUUUAAAUCUCAUUUCUCUGGUCUCCGCCCUCUGUCCUCAGCUUGGUAGAUGGCAUUCAAAGACAUUCUGUGUUCAAAUGCAUUAGUAUUUGUACAGUAAACACGUAAACUGUUGUAUAUAAAUGAUUUGAUGAGUGACAUCCUUUGAAUAAAGCUUAUGAAAGAAUGAAAUUGUGAAACGAGAUUUACCAUCUGAGUUUUU